UGCUAUUUGAACUCCCAUAUUGCCUGCUAUACGACAGCGAGAAAUUUGCAUCAUGUGUUUCCAGGCAAUCGUGCAGCUCAUACACAGCCUGCGCGGCUGGAGGCUCAAUCUCGUCAUCCUCCUGUCGGUGUUCUGGGCCCUUGGGUUUCUACACCAGCAUCUGUGGAGCCUCGAACGUUCGCUGGCGCUAGUCGAGUAUGGCAGUCCAAGUUCAAGUCCAAGCACAGCCGCCGCUGCCCCCAAGCCAGCCGCACCAGAGUCGUCGGUGGCGCACGAGCCAGAAACCCCGGCCUCGAAUGGGUACUCUAUAAAGCCGAUCGCCUACGUCUUCCCUCAGUUUCAUCCCAUCCCGGAAAAUGACGAGUUCUGGGGCACGAAUUUCACCGAGUGGGUGAGCGUAAAGAAAGUCACACACAACCCACAUGGCCUCGAGACGUUGCGGCCGACGGAAGAGGUGGGAUACUACAACCUGCUAGACUACUCGACCAGGGCACGAUAUGCGAAGCUCAUACGAGACAGCGGAUUCUACGGCAUAGCCUACCACCACUACUGGUUCGGGCGGCCAGUGAUGGCGAAGGUCCUCGAAGCAAUCCUGCACGACGGUCAGCCCGACGUUCCCUUCAUGCUCAACUGGGCCAACGAGGCAUGGACCAAGCGGUGGGACGGCAACGACGGCAGUGGCAUUCUGCUGGCCCAGGAGUACGGCGGCAUCACCGACUGGCGGGUCCACUUCGACUGGAUGGUCCCCUUCUUCCGGCACCCAAACUACAUCCGGUCCGGCGGCAAGGUCCAGAUGAUGGUCUACAAGCCCGAAGCCAUGGGCCACAUGGGCAAGCUCAUGUUCGCGGCCUGGCGCAAGUGGGCCGUCGAGGAGGGCCUCGGCGGCUUGGACGUGAUCGAGACGCGCCUCGAGCCGGACAACCCCAACAGCCGCGGCCCCGCCGAUGCCAUCAAUGAGUUCGGCUUCCGUUCCGGUGGCGGCCAGGACAGCACCUUGUGGGUUGGCACCAACCGCCUCUCCAGGGUGUACCACCGUGGCGCCCGCGUGACCUGGGACAACACGCCGCGUCACGCCACGGACGGUGGCAGCUCGGCCGAUGUGUUUGCUCACCCCUAUUUAUGGAAACUGAGCAUGAUCGAACUGAUGCAGCGCAUAAAGCUGGAGCCAAAUCCCAGGGGGGAAGAGAACUUCCUGUUCGUUAACGCCUUGAACGAGUGGGCCGAGGGGAAUGUCCUCGAGCCGUCUCUGCAGUGGGGGGACAAGUACUCGAGGGCUUUCCGGGAGGCCGUGGACGUGGCGGAGACGUUGCCGUGGGCAGACGACCUGAUCGAGGCCGGCGAAGCCCUCGAGAAGGAAAUCAAGUCAGGCGCAGAAGAGGUUGAUGUCUGCGUGAUCGUGCGGGCGUUCGCAACGAAACUGCGGUGGCAACACCCCUUUGAUCUUCCCAGGAUGCUUCACUCCCUCCGGGCUCAGUCCAACAAGCGGUGGAGAGCCGUGGUCGUCCCGGCAGUAACGAGCGUUGAUAGAAUGGCCCUGAAAAUGCAUGGCUUGGAUACCUUCGACCCGCGCAUCUUCCUGGCCGACAUCCCGGGCGAGGUCCUCGACGAUCCCGGGUCUAACCACCACUCUGACGGCAUGGAUGCCACCGAUUGGGCCAUCGCGAACCUGGACAAGAUCAGUCCCGGGUGCGCCUCUGCAGCGUAUAUGCUUGUGACCACGUCGAGCGGCGCGUACGAGCCCGCCACCUUCGACCUGGCCGUCCGCGGCACCAGCGACAUCAUCGGCUUCAGCUUUACAUCGCCCGAGACCGCGGCCGCGGCCGAAGCCGAAGCCGGAUCCAGGAUAGCCUGGGACCAGCGCUGCGCGCGCCUUGUCGACGACGGCACCACGCCGCUCUGCCGGCUGAUGGGCCCAACGUCGGACUUGCGCGACCUCGGCGCGGCGUUCAUCAACCUCGAGCGGUGGCGCCGCGAGGGCCACAAGCUGGCCGGAUCCCAACCGGACAGCACGGGGUUCCUGCGGCGUCUGGCGGAGCGGCCCGGCGGCGAGGCGUGGAGGUGGAUCACACCGCCGGCAUCAUCGUCGUCGGUGUCAGGGAACAGCAAUGGGGGAUGUGGUGGGCUUGUGCACGGGUGGACGUAUGCGGCGUGCAUCCGAACGGGGCGCUUCUGGCUCGACAUUCCGAACUUUGAGGAGAAUGAGAAGAGGCAUACGGCCGGGUGCCAUAGCUUGAGCAGCAUCACGACCGACUUUGACUGGGAUAUAAAGCGCUGGGAUAUGGAGAGGUUCCACGAGGAUCCCUUCUGUCUGCGCAUGUCACGGGAUCAAUACGAGAAGGCUGUAAAAAAGGUGGAGUGACGGCGCGGGGCGGGAUGUAUGAAGCUGAAGCGUGGUCUCAUAAUUUUGCACGAGGAUGCUACUCAACAGCAUGAUCAUAAUCAUGGAGAAUUCGGACCCUCAAGACAGAAUGUGCACAUGAAGCCUGGACGGUACAAUUGGUG